AUGAGUGUCUAUCUGCUGGUCCUGUGUCUGGCUUUGCUGCAGCAAGAGGGACGAGCCAGGCCAGACCCACCAGGCUGCAGUAGCCCUGAAGCGGUGAGAGUGGCAGAGGAGGCCCUGGAGCAGAUCAACCAGGACAGGAAAAAUGGAUACGUCUUGAGCCUCAACAGACUGUAUGAUGUCUCUCACACUCCACAACAGGAGAAAGGUGGGUCGCUCUACAAAAUGACUAUUGAUGUCAUGGAGACUGAAUGCCACAUCAUCAGCAGGAAACCAUGGAAACAAUGCGAAGUCAGAAAUAUUGGAAGUCUUCCAGUGUACGGAGAGUGUGAAGUGUCUGCUGACGCUGACCCUCAAGUCAAACUACAAAACUACUCCUGUGUACUUCAUGAAGUUCCUGCUACUGCAGUGGUGGCACAGUGUCCAGACUGUCCAACAGCUGACAACUUCAACGAGCCCAUCAUCAAAGAGACAGUCAGCCUCUCCCUGCAGAGGUUUAAUGAAGAGAGUCUCCUGGGCAACUACUUCACUCUGGAGAACAUUACAAAAGCCUCUUCACAGUGGGAUUUUGGUCCGUCCUACUUUGUGGAGUUCACCAUUGUGGAGACGGUGUGUUCAAAGAAAACAGAGGCCACUGAACUGAGCAGCUGUCUCCCUAUGGACUGUCCGUUUGCUCAUAGAGGCUUCUGUCAUGGAUCGCACAGGCCUCAUGAGGACCAGUUUGAAUUCAGAAACCCUGUCGGCAAAAAGGACAACUCAUUUCAGAAUCGGAAGCCUGUAGAGGUGAAGUGUGAGAUCUAUGAACCUCAGGCUGCUAUAGUGGAGGAACAAGCCCAUGCAAAAGCAGACAGUGGGCACACUGAGCAUCAGCACUACAACCACACACACCUGCACCCCCAUGAACACACACACUCAGGAACACCCAGCUCAGAUGUCACUGUGUCCGGGCCGCAGGGCUCCCUCGGGACUGUGGUGGAUCAGCCUGCCUCUCCCAGAUCUUCCCCUUCAGCCAGCUCCUGCCCUGGCCCCCGCAGACACAACAUGCGUUUUGUCAGGCACACGAUCUGAUUAGCUGCACUGAUCUUUGUUCAAUCACUUAAACUGAAUUUUUCUUGCAUGUUAUAAUUGGUUAAGAAAGGUGAGAAAUUGUAGCUAAAAUACAG